UUGUUGAACUGAAGGCAUCACAACUCUACCCACAACCCCAUUUUCAUCAUUCAAGCUCAAGUUUUAAUCUUUGCUGCAGAACUUUCCCGGGUUAGUCUGAAAGUUCAGGUCUUGCAGAAAGUCCUUGUUGGGUUCUUGAAGUCCAAGUUAUGCUCUGAAGAGCUGUUUCAAGAGGUAAUAGUAUGAGCUAUCCAUCAACUCAGUUUGCCAUCCCAAGACAAAUGGGGAUAUAUGAGCCCUUCCGGCAGGUGGGUGUGUGGAGAGAAACCUUCAGUGGUGGUAACAGCUCAAACAUAGGUGCUUCCACAAUUGUAGAGGUGGAUUCUAAUCUAGAAAACAAGAUCGGAUUUGGUUCUCAUGAAUCAAUGGAACCUUCUGGAAAUGAUCAAGAAUCACACAGAUCUGCUGAUAAGGUACAGAGACGCUUAGAGCAAAAUCGUGAAGCUGCUCGCAAGAGUCGUAUGCGGAAAAAGGCUUAUGUCCAACAACUAGAAACAAGCCGCCUAAAAUUGGCACAACUGGAGCUGGAACUGGACAGAACUAGAAAGCAGGUAGCCUAUGGAGGCAGUUCAUUUGGUGGUAAUCAUAUGGGAUACAACGGAAUUGUGGAUUCAGGGAUCACUACAUUUGAGCUGGAAUAUGGACACUGGGUAGAAGAGCAACAUAGACAGAACAUUGAACUUCGAAAUGCAUUGCAAGAGCAUGCAACUGAAAUAGAACUUCAGAUACUUGUAGAAGGUGGCUUGAACCACUACGCUACAUUGUUCCGUAUGAAGGCAGAUGCUGCUAAGGCUGAUAUCUUUUACUUACUGUCUGGUAUAUGGAGAACAUCAGUAGAACGUUACUUUCACUGGAUUGGAGGAUUUCGCCCAUCAGAGCUUCUAAAUAUUGUCGAGUCCCAACUUGAGCCACUGAAUGAUCCACAACGGCUGGAUUUCCAUAACCUGAAGCAAUCAUCUCAGCAAGCUGAGGACGCUCUCUCACAGGGAAUGGAUAAACUGCAGCAGACACUUUCGAAGACAUUAGAAGCUGAUCAAAUAUUGAUCGGAGAAACUUAUGGAUCUCAGAUGGGUGCAGCCAUUGAGAAAUUUGAAGCACUGGAAAACUUUGUUAGCCAGGCUGAUCACCUUCGGCAGCAGACUCUGCAGCAAAUGUGUCGAAUCCUCACAAUUCACCAAGCGGCUCGCAGCUUGCUUGCAUUAGGAGAGUACUUUCAGCGUCUUCGUGCCCUCAGUUCUCUUUGGACCGCUCGUCCACGCGAACCCUCUGCCGAGUCAUAUGCAUCCUGAUCUACACGUAUAUUGUAUUUCCCCCAGUACUUCUGUAUCAGAAGGCGUAAAUAUGAAGCUCAGUCCAGUGUGUAUCAAAUUCAAAACAUAUAUAGAUUUUUGAGUAAUGUUCCCCCAAUGCCUAUAGAGCAUAGUUUUUGGGUAGGUUUAUUGGAAAUCCAAAAUGUAUUACCAGCACUUGAUGUAUAAAUUUGUUGAGACAGUUAUUAUUGCCAUGCAUGCCAACAAUA